AUGACUUUCUUUUUUAUGGUAAUCAUAACGUUUAUCUUGUCGAUUACUUUUCAGGAGUGCCCUGAGGGUGUAGUUCACGAAGAUCUGUUCAAGGACAUCUACGCGAAAUUCUUCCCCCAUGGCAACUCCAGCCUCUACGCCCAUUACGUGUUCAAGGCCUUCGAUGUUAACUGCAACGGCGCCAUGAACUUUAGGGAUCUCUUGGUCAUUCUAUCGACACUGCUGCGCGGUAGCAUUUACGAGAAACUACGAUGGAUCUUCAAGCUGUACGACAUAAACGGCGAUGGAUGCAUCACCAGGGGCGAACUAUGGGAGGUGGUGAUAGCAGUGCAUGAGCUUAUGGGUCGACGACAUCACGCUGAGGAAGAGAGGAAAGCGAGGGAACAGUUGGAUAGGGUGUUCAAGAAGUUCGACCUAAACCAGGAUGGCAUAAUAACGAUCGAGGAAUUUAUGGAGAGCUGUCUGAGGGAUGACGUGACCACACGGUCGCUGGCAAAGUUCGAUUACGCGUUUUGAUCUCCGGAGAAGGAAGAGCCUCCGGCAAUGACCACGACGCCGCCAACACCGCUCUCCACCACGACCACCUUCUCGCAGUCCCAGUCGCCUUCGCCACCG